AAAUUACCAAUAAAACGAAUUGAAGACGCAAUUAGCUUCACAGAGGUAAAGAUUUGAAAAUUGGGUGUGUGGAGCAGAUGUUGAUACUAAUCAAUCCAUAGAUAAACCCCAAAUCGAUCUGUCGGCAGCUGAAUAAUCCGAUGAGGGUUCUGCAACUCGGUUUGUUUCUCGCUUUGGCAUCUGGAUUUGCAGCCAUUUCCAUCUACAUCACCGGAUUCUCGGAUCCUUUUGUAUAUCCCGGUUAUCGCCUCACAGAUGAAGACACCGAAGCAUUGCUUUCGCUGCACAACACUUUCCAGAAGUGUGUGAGUGCAAAUGGACUUGGCCUAAAAGCGACUAGAGGCACAGAUUAUUGCCAAACCACAAUAAAUUUCCCCAGUGACACUAUCCCCAAAUGGAAAGAUCCAAAAACUGGAGAACUUGAAGCUCUGUCUUUUGAUUUUAAUCUAUGUGAAGCUGUGGCUUCAUGGGAGCAGGUGCGGAACAGCACCACUAUCCUCACCAAGGAAUUCAUCGAUUCUUUACCAAAUGGAUGGGAGGAAUAUGCAUGGCGUAGGAUCAAUAAAGGAAUACAGCUCAACCGCUGUGAGAAUAAGACCUUGUGCAUGGAGAAACUUUCACUAGUUCUCCCUGAAACACCACCAUACUUCCCUAGACAGUUUGGGCGCUGUGCUGUUAUUGGUAAUUCAGGAGACCUCUUGAAAACAAAAUUUGGAAACGAGAUAGAUGGUUAUGAAGUUGUCAUUAGAGAAAAUGGUGCUCCAAUUGAGAAUUACACUGAUUAUGUGGGUAGGAAAAGCACAUUUCGCCUUCUAAACCGAGGAUCUGCCAAAGCGCUAGAUAAAGUUGUAGAGUUAGAUGAACAAAGAAAAGAAGUGUUGAUAAUAAAAACAACAAUUCAUGAUAUCAUGAACAAAAUGAUUCGGGAGAUUCCUAUAAAAAAUCCUGUGUACCUCAUGCUAGGUGCAUCCUUUGGCUCAGCAGCAAAAGGAACUGGGCUUAAGGCUCUUGAAUUUGCUCUCUCUAUGUGCGAUUCAGUGGAUAUGUAUGGUUUCACUGUAGAUCCUGGUUAUAAAGAAUGGACAAGGUAUUUCUCUGAAUCCCGUCAAGGCCAUACCCCAUUGCAUGGAAGAGCUUACUACCAGAUGAUGGAAUGCUUGGGGCUUAUCAAAAUUCAUUCUCCCAUGCGAGCUGAUCCUAAUCGUGUUGUAAAAUGGGUUCCGAGCCACCAUAUUAUAAGAGCUGCUAGAAUUGCAUCGGAGAAAUUACUGAGGAGAGUUGGAGGAGGAUCUGAAGAUCCACUGGCUGUGUGUUCCAUAAUUAGGAAGCAAGUAAAAAGAAAUCUAAAUGCAGUUUCGAAGCUCAGAAAGGCGGCACUUGAUCAUUUAAGGUAUGUGAAGAGAACAACAAUGUAUCCCUUAGAGCAUAGUCCUGGACAUGGGUCGCUUUGCACUGUACCAACUGAUUAA